AGAAAGUAACAGGUAAAGGUACCGGGUUCUGUCGGUUGCAGUCGCGCUCCGCAGCCCCAGCGAGAGGACGUGCGGCCGGGAAACACCCUUGUUUAUGACAUAAACUGUGUUUGCUCUCUGGUGUCUUCGUCGAAAACAUACAGCAAUGUCUACCUGCCGCGUGGCAGCGUGCAUGGCAGUGCUGGGCGCGGUGUGCUGCGCCCUGCCGCAUACCGUGCUGGCGCUCGAUCUCAACCGGCUCUACGGACACCACACCAAGCGCUCCGAGUAUUGUCACCCGUACGAGCCGUUCAAGUGCCCAGUGGACGGAAACUGCAUCUCGAUCCAGUACCUCUGCGACGGGGCUCCCGACUGCAUUGACGGCUACGAUGAAGACUCCAAGCUGUGCACUGCAGCUAAACGUCCGCCCGUAGAGGAGACGGCGUCGUUUCUGCAGUCGCUGUUGGCAUCGCACGGGCCCAACUACCUCGAGAAGCUGUUCGGCAGCAAGGCGAGGGACGCCCUGGAACCGCUCGGCGGCGUCGAGAAAGUGGCCAUCGCUCUGUCUGAGUCGCAAACCAUUGAAGACUUCGGUGCGGCUUUACAUCUGAUGCGAUCAGAUUUGGAACAUCUUCGUUCCGUAUUCAUGGCUGUCGAAAAUGGCGAUCUUGGCAUGCUGAAGUCUCUCGGCAUCAAGGACUCGGAGCUUGGCGAUGUCAAGUUCUUCCUGGAGAAGCUAGUAAACACUGGCUUCCUCGACUGAAUAGCGCCGGAGUCUGCCUCUGAUUAUUAUCGUGUCGUCCAAUUCGCCCCCAUCAGUUCUUCAUUCUACAGCUACCUUCCCUACGAUCCCAACAGAUAUAGGAAGAAAUAACUCUUUCAUUCCCAUGUGAGAUUGGUGUGAUAUGAGUGAGGUUUUUAACAGUUUUUAGAGAGGUGCUUGUCGGACGUCGGAUGCCGACUUCUACAACCGGCCACGUAGACUCGACCCGGAUCCCGACGACCUCUUCUCGUCUGCUUUUAUAGCUUUAGAUAGUCGAAAAAGCAAUUAGUUUCGUUAUCGCUGUAGGAUAGGUAUAUUUUUAUAAAGUAAUUUCUUUAGGUUUAAAACCUAAAAGUCCAUUAUUUUUUACAAAACCGGAUAAUCCGCGAAAAGCUAUGCGGUCUGGUACUCGCGUCCCCCGCUGCAGAGUGCAAGCACGUUAGAAAGAGCGAAUGACUGCAAUUUCAUUGUCGUCUAC